UCAGGUUCAAUUCUAUUUAAGGCAACACUGAGCAUCAUAAGUUUGUGUGGGGAAGGCUUGGGAAAUCCAGGAGAAUUUCCUUGGUGAUGCUCCGAUCCGGGAUAACUGGGAACUGCAGCAGAGCUUCUGGUGUACUUGGGUCCAAGUCCAACUCUGGUCUCACAAAAAAACCCAAAGCUGAUAAAUGAACAAAGCUGCUUUUGUUCUUGCAGUUCUUUCAAUGGGGAAGAUGGAGAAGCUGGUCAGUUUCGUCCUCGUCACCGUUGUUUUGGUAAUGAGCCAGGAAAGUGGGGCGCUGGAGGACUGCCUCCGAGAGCAGGCGCGGCUCCGAGCCCAGGUGCACCUGCUUGAGACCCGCGUCAAGCUGCAGCAGGUCAAGAUUGCUCACCUUUUGCAUGAGAAGGAAGUCCAAUACCUAGACAGAGGAGAGGAGAAGAGUGUCUUUGACCUUGGAGGCAAGAGGCAGUAUGCAGAUUGCUCAGAGAUCUUCAAUGAUGGGUACAAGAGCAGUGGAUUCUACAAAAUUAAGCCCCUCCAGAGCCCCAAAGAAUUCCCUGUUUACUGUGACAUGUCCGAUGGAGGAGGCUGGACUGUGAUUCAGAGACGAUCUGACGGCAGCGAGAACUUUAACAGAGGCUGGAAUGACUAUGAAAAUGGCUUUGGAAAUUUUGUCCAAAAAAAUGGUGAAUAUUGGCUCGGUAAUAAAAACAUUAACUUAUUGACCACACAAGGAGAAUACACUUUAAAAGUUGACCUUGCUGAUUUCGAAAAAAACAGCCGUUACGCACAAUAUAAAAAUUUCAAAGUGGGAGAUGAAAAGAAUUUCUAUGAAUUGAAUAUUGGGGAAUAUUCUGGAACGGCUGGGGACUCCCUCGCAGGAAAUUUUCAUCCUGAAGUUCAGUGGUGGGCUAGUCACCAGAGGAUGAAAUUCAGCACCUGGGACAAAGACAAUGACAAUUACAAAGGAAACUGCGCGAACGAGGACAAAUCCGGCUGGUGGUUUAACAGGUGUCACUCUUCAAACUUGAACGGUUUAUACUACAGAGGCCCGUACACUGCGGACACGGAUAACGGCGUCGUCUGGUACACCUGGCAUGGCUGGUGGUAUUCUUUGAAAUCUGUGGUUAUGAAAAUUAGGCCAAAUGACUUUAUUCCAAAUACUGUUUAAUCGUCCCUAUUGGACUUCCACUGAGGCAAUUGUUCAAAAUAUUUGCAAAGCAGCAAUUCUGGACAUACAGAUACAUGAUGAUAGCAAUUGUUUUGUGUACCGUUUGUCAUUUGUCUCACUUGCCUUUAAUUACAUAAGGUACUUUCAGUGUAGCAAAUAAGAUAUACUUACCAAAUAAAUGUAGAUAAUAUUAAUAUUUCUCCAAUUCUUGUGUGCAAAGGCAAUGAUAAGAGAUUCUGCUGGACAAAAAAAUUAAAAGUAUAUGACAAAACUCACCAAGUAACAGAUCCUCCGAUCAACUGUGUAGAUAAUAACUGUGACGAGUUUAGAUCUGAGCUCAGGUCUCUGACUACAGAGCUCGAAGUCUUGAGCACAACGCAGGUUCCUAAUCACUGUAAAGCACAACCACUUGUGUUUAGGAUGUUUACGC